AUGACAUUCUUUGAACAAGAAAAGGUUGAAAAGCAGUUGAUAACGCCUUAUAAUGUUCACGAUGUCGUAGCUAUGAAAAGUAUUGCCAGAUUAAAAAAUGAAAACUCACGUGAUACUUGUGGCAGCACACUGCUCACACAGCCCGAUGCACCGUCGGAAAUAGAAAUUAAGUUGUUGGAAAAUGAAAAGAAGUACCAGGCGCUAUUAAAAUCAUUCGAUAACGUUAUCAAGAGAACUGCGGCCGCCACUGGUAUAUCUGAACGUACUUUAAGAAAUAUAAAGACUGAAGCAAAAAAAACUAAAACGAGCUCAUCUGAGCCCAGUACUUCAAGUACACAAGAAAUAAAAUUGACAUCACCGAGAAAAAAGAAAAUAGCCACAAUGAGGUUGGAAAUAGAUGAUUUCAUGUGUCACUUUGUGAAGAUCACAAUGGGGCGCCGACCAGCGAGAUGCUACCGGUAUUGUAAAAACAAACCAUAUCCAAAGUCACGGUUUUGUCGUGGUGUACCAGACCCGAAGAUUCGAAUCUUCGAUUUGGGCAAGAAGAAAGCUGCUGUGGAUGACUUCCCGCUAUGCGUGCACUUGGUGUCGGAUGAAUAUGAGCAGCUUAGCUCGGAAGCACUUGAAGCGGGUCGUAUUUGCUGCAACAAAUACCUCGUCAAGAACUGUGGUAAAGACCAGUUCCACAUCCGCAUGAGACUGCAUCCCUUCCAUGUUAUCCGCAUUAAUAAAAUGUUAUCGUGCGCUGGAGCUGAUAGGCUCCAGACUGGGAUGCGUGGUGCCUUUGGUAAGCCGCAAGGCACUGUAGCCCGUGUUCGUAUUGGCCAGCCUAUCAUGUCGGUGCGCUCCAGUGACCGUUGGAAGGCGCAAGUAAUUGAAGCUCUACGUCGUGCUAAAUUUAAGUUCCCUGGCCGCCAAAAGAUCUAUGUGUCCAAGAAAUGGGGCUUCACAAAGUACGAGCGCGAGGAGUUUGAGAAGCUGCGUGAAGAAGGUCGUUUAGCCAACGAUGGGUGCAACGUCAAGUACCGUCCAGAGCAUGGACCACUUGACUCAUGGAGGAAGGUGCAAAAUGAAAUCUAUGCAGUUUAA